AUUUUUUAAAGUUUUAAAAAAACUGGGGUUCAAGUACUCUAAAAGAAACCGAAAAAGUAUGUUGAUUGAUAGAAGUGAUAUAGCCUUAUGGCGUAUUAACUAUCUAAACAAAAUAGAAGAAGAACGAAAGGCAGGGAAAAAGAUUUAUUACCUGGAUGAGACCUGGGUUAACGAAGGGCACACGAAAGAAAAAGUUUGGCAAGACACAACAAUCAAGAGUACCAAAGAAGCUCAUCGCCAAGGGCUUUCUACAGGACUCAAAAAUCCAUCCGGCAAAGGAAAACGCCUCAUAUUAGGCCACAUAGGAUCUUCAACCGGCUUCUUGAAGGAGGGCGAGCUGAUCUUUUUAGCGGGCACAGAUGAUGGAGACUACCAUAAAGAAAUGAAUGGAGCAAACUUUGAAAAAUGGUUUGGCGUUAUUUUAAAUAACGUUGAGCCAAAUUCAGUAAUUGUGAUGGACAAUGCACCAUACCAUUCACGCAAGCUCGAAAAAACUCCUAUUUUAAAAACAAAAAAAGCUGAAAUCCAGGAAUGGUUACGGUCCAAAAAUAUUGCUUUUGGACCUAAGGAAUAUAAGGAGCAACUCUUGAAGAGAGUGCGAAAAGUAAAAAAAAAAUACGAAAAAUAUGUUGUGGAUGAAAAAGCAAAAGAAAGGGGCAUUACUGUCAUAAGCAGGCCUCGGAGUAUUUUUAGCACGCGCAUGCCCUAA